GUUAGCUUUUCUCUUUUCACCUCCAAAAGCUACCGCUAGUCCCUUCCCCACUGUCUCUCUGCUAGCCUGCGCAGCUCCUCCACUCUCCGGCCAUGGCCACCUCUCUUCAUCUCUCUCGGUUCUUCAUCCGCACCGGUGUCCUUACUCCCGACAAUACCGGAAGCGGAAGAUCCAUUCCUCUUCCGUCCAGGAAGUCUCUCUCCGUCAGGUGCUCCGGGGAUCCCUCUGCCUCCGUCGCUGUUGAUUCCGACAAUUUCGAUGCCAAGGCCUUUAGACAUAACUUGACCAGAAGCAAGAACUAUAACAGGAGAGGAUUUGGUCAUAAGGAGGAAACUCUCCAGCUCAUGAAUCUGGAAUAUACCAGUGAUAUCACAAAGAAGUUGAGGGAAAAUGGGAAUGUGUAUACAUGGGGAAAUGUUACUGUGAAAUUGGCAGAAGCGUAUGGUUUCUGUUGGGGGGUUGAGCGGGCUGUUCAGAUUGCUUAUGAGGCAAGAAGGCAAUUCCCAGAUGAGAGAAUUUGGAUUACUAAUGAAAUUAUUCACAACCCAACUGUUAAUAAGCGUCUGGAGGAGAUGGAAGUUAAAAAUAUUCCUGUUGAGGAAGGGAAGAAACAGUUUGAUGUUGUAGACAAGGGUGAUGUUGUGAUUUUGCCUGCUUUUGGAGCUGCAGUAGAUGAGAUGUUGGCUUUAAACGACAAAAAUGUGCAAAUUGUUGAUACAACUUGCCCCUGGGUAUCCAAGGUUUGGAAUUCUGUAGAGAAGCACAAAAAGGGAGAUUAUACUUCCAUAAUUCAUGGCAAAUAUUCUCAUGAGGAAACAAUAGCAACUGCAUCUUUUGCAGGAACAUAUGUAGUUGUAAAGAAUAUGGCAGAGGCAACAUAUGUCUGUGAUUACAUUCUUGGAGGUGAACUCAAUGGAUCUAGCUCAACAAAAGAGGAAUUUCUGGAGAAAUUUAAAUAUGCGGUUUCUAAGGGAUUUGAUCCAGAUCGUGACCUGGUAAAAGUUGGCAUAGCAAACCAAACUACAAUGCUCAAGGGAGAAACAGAAGAGAUUGGAAAAUUAGUGGAGAGGACUAUGAUGAGGAAGUACGGAGUGGAAAAUGUCAAUGGGCACUUCAUUAGUUUCAAUACAAUUUGUGAUGCGACUCAAGAGCGACAAGAUGCAAUGUAUAAGUUGGUUGAGGAAGAUCUAGAUCUUAUGUUAGUGAUUGGAGGGUGGAACUCAAGUAACACCUCCCACCUUCAAGAGAUUGCAGAGGAUCGUGGGAUCCCCUCAUAUUGGGUUGAUAGUGAGCAGAGAAUAGGUCCAGGAAACAGAAUAGCUUAUAAGUUGAAUCACGGAGAGCUGGUUGAGAAAGAAAAUUGGCUACCAGAGGGCCCCAUCACAAUUGGUGUAACAUCUGGCGCCUCUACGCCAGACAAGGCUGUUGAAGAUGUACUCAUUAAGGUAUUUGGCAUAAAACAUGAAGAAACCUUGCAACUGGCAUGAAUUCAGAUUCACACGGAUGCACUGACAAUCAACGCUAGUAUGUUUUACUAUCCAAGCAAUGUGUAAUUAAAGUACAAGGCUCUUAGGGUAUACAUUAUGCUGUUGUAUGUGCCCUCAAAGUCUGAUGUUUGUAUCAAUAAAUGUUGGUUGUUAUGGCUCUGAAGUUGCUGAUAUUCCUAGUGCAAUUUUAACAGGGAUAAGAUACAAGUAUGUAAUUCUGCUCUCUACUUUUGAAAAUAUAGUACCUUGUCCAUGAGGAUUUCACUCUGACCCCAUUCUAGAUUAGCUAAGUAGCAACUCACAUUCGCUCAUAAAUUAUUUAGGGGAUGGGGGAGUUUGAGCCCAUCUAUUUUGGAUGGAGGUAUAUACUCAGGUAUAACCAAGUGGAAAGUUAAAACAUCUCUUGUAUAAAGCCAACUUGUCAUUUUAUUUC